AUGGAGAAGAAAAGGACUAACUUGGGUCUGAGCUGCUGUUCCAUAUCAUCCAUCCCGCUGGACUAUGAAAAAAACAAGAGGAAGAUCAUCGAGAGUAUAAAAAGAUGCAAAGAGCUAAAGUGCAGCAUCCGAAUCGGUGGUGAAUUGGAACUGUGCGGUGUGAGUUGCAAGGACAGCUUCAAAGAGGUUGAAGAUAUGCACGAAAAUUGCUGGUAUUAUUUAAGCGAACUGAUGAAGGAGAAAGGUACAGGUGGACCCCUCAUGGAGAAUAUCCUGUGCUUUGUCAGCAUGCCCGUGUAUUUCAAGAAGAAGCUAUACAGCUGCCAAGUGGUAAUAUAUAGGAAUAAAAUCGUUUUGCUGUCUCCCAAGGAGUGCCUAAGUGAUGAAGAGAGGAAGUACUUCGCUCCGUGGUCGGCAUUGGCAGGAAAGGGAGUUGGUGGAGGUAUCGAAGAAGGGGGGGAAGCUGCUGGAGAGACCGGAGCAGCAGAAGGGACCCCUCCCAUCGGCCAUUCGAGGUCCGUCCAGUUUAAUAACUCCAGCGUCCAGAUUCUCGGUAGGGGUCUGCAGACUUACGCACUUCCGAAGUGUGUUCAGGAGGUAACAAAUCAGACGGAGACCUACAUCGGGAGGGCACUAAUACAGAUGGGCGAUUUAACCAUUGGGUAUGCCUUUUUAGAUGACUUGAUUCAAGUUGAGAGGGGCGUGGUGGUGGAUGCUCGGGUUGAGCAUUUUAACCGUCACGGGUUAGAGGACUUGAAGGGUGAUACGAGCGGUACAAGCGGUACGAGUGGUGGUAGUACGAGUGGUUCCUUCCGCGGUGACGGCGCCACUGGGGAGAUUCACCGCCUCUUUGAGCAGGAUCCCGUGAAACUGAGCCUGCGCGGGGGAGAUGCUUCCCUCUCUGUUGGGCAUAGCAACGUACCGCUCAGCCAAGUGGAUGUCCUCUUGGUGAGUGGCCACGUCACCAAUGAGUUGCUUCUGUUUAAGAAAUACUUCAUCCAGAUGAUGCAGCUGACAGAAGGGUAUCCCCAUAUGGUCCUCAGUUAUAAUAGCAACUCAGGGUGCGAUAACUAUUUUUACAAAUACGAUGGAUUUUCUUUCGUCAGUCAGAACAACCAAGUGCUGACUAAGAACGCGAGGUUUACCUUUGAUGAGGUGCAGGUUGCAUCCGUGAGUGUGUCUCUACCGAUGGAUUCUCACCCAGAGAAGGGAAGCAAAACGAACCUACCCCCCAUCCUCAAAUUGGAGAAGUUGCAAAAAAGUGUGGAGAGUAAAACAAGUGCAAAUGGUAGCCAUGACGGAGAGUGCAUUUUUUCCUACAACAAAGAAAUGGAGUUGUAUGUAAAAUAUUCCAAGGAAGCCAUUUUGGCGAACCUGCCACAGAACUUUAACUGGCAGAUGUACACAAAGAAUAACGCACUGAUGUGUACCUUGCUGAGAAAAUAUCACCCCAGUCCGGAGGAUUGUCAGUACCAGUUUGGCAACCAGAUGUGCGCCCUGCAUAAUGUGUAUGAGGAGCUGUGCUUUAAUAUUUCCCUGUUCUUGUGGCACAUUUUGCAGCUGACCAAUGCCAAGGGAUUUAUGUUGGCCCUGUCCGGGGGAGUCGAUUCUGGGUUCUGCGCCUGCAUGGUUUAUCUUCUCUCCAUAAUGAUCGAAAUGGGGAUGAGAGAGAGGGGGAUCGCCGCCCCGGCGGAAGGCUUCGCGGGGGGGUGCGUUGACCGACUCGACCGCUUCAACACGGAGCAGUUCUGCCUCAAGCUGAAGCGGCUCCUAAUUGAUGCGCCCUGCCGGAAGGCGAUAUGCAACAAGCUGCUGAACACUCUGUCUCUUCCCUCGAAGAACAGCAGCGAAAAUACCAAGUCUUACUCAGAGCAGCUAAGUAGAGCCAUAAAUUCAUACCACACUGUGUACUGCAUCGAUGGAUUGUUUGAUUUUUUUAAAAGUGCGGGGAGGAACUUCCUUAACGAAGAAAUGAAGUUUAAAACGGAAGGAGGAAGAAACUAUGAGGAUCUAUGUCUGCAGAAUGUACAGUCGAGGUCGAGGCUUCUAAUCACUUACUUCUUCUCCCCCCUUAUAUGCCAAAAAAGAUAUGCACCGCUGAACCUGCACAAUGAAUUCCUACUCACCAUAGCUACUGGGAACUUGGACGAAACGAUAACUGGGUAUUACACAAAGUAUGACUGCUCAUCGGGGGACAUAAACGUCAUUGGAAAUGUCAGCAAAAUUUUAAUCAAGGAGACCAUGUGUUUAUUGGCGAACGAUCCGACGUACGAUCUAUCUGUCUGCAAUUCGAUGAAUCAGUUUCACCCCUCGGCUGAGUUGAAACCCUUGGAUAAUACCCAGACGGAUGAGGAUGAUCUGAAUUUGAAAUAUCUUGAGAUGAAGCUGUUGGGUAUAUUGAAGCACAAUUUUUCUUUGGGUUCUUCCUCCAUGGUGCAUUACUUAUCGAGGUACUUCUGGUCCGAGGUUUUAAUGAGUAGAGCUGAUUUGUUGGAAAAAGUGAAGACCUUCUUCUCUCGAAAUGUACAGAAUACACACAAGCUCCUCAUCCUUCCGCCUUCGCUCGUGGGGGAAGCGUGUGGAUUGCACCUCUCCUCAUUGGUGAACUUCGCGCGUGUGAAUGUGGAUGCGCUGAGGAGAGCAGCGGGAAUUGGGUAG